AUGUGGCUCCUGGAAACCGCGCGCGCGAACCUCGUCUUCUUUCCCCAGCCCGAAGACGUUCCCGGAGGCUAUGUCAUUCUGUCGCACACCUGGCUCGAGAGCGAAGAAGAAGAGACGUUUCAAAAGGUUCAAAAACUGAACCCACACCCGUCAUCUCCACCAUGGUUCAACCCACGCGAUCAUCUCACUCCCAAAAUUCGAUCAUUCCUUGAGUUCGCCGAAGAUCACGGGUACAAGUAUGCCUGGGUCGACACGUGUUGUAUUAACAAAGAGAGCAGUGCCGAGCUCUCAGAAGGCAUCAAUUCCAUGUUCCGUUACUACGCCCUCUCCGCCAUCUGUUAUGUCUACCUCAGCGACGUCGACACCGAUUCAGUCAAAAUGUGGGAAGACUUCCGAAGAAGCCGUUGGCACCGCCGUGGUUGGACUCUCCAAGAGCUCAUCGCGUCCCGCUUCGUCAUGUUCUAUUCCAAGGAGUGGAUCUGUCUUGGAACCAAGUACGAGCUCGCCGAGCACCUGGAAAAAUCAACUGGAAUUUCCGCGGCAAUCCUUCGCUUUGAGAUUUCGUUUACCAAUGCUACUAUUGCGACGCGCAUUUCCUGGGCGGCACAUCGGAGGACCACGAGGCCCGAAGACACUGCCUACAGUCUCUUCGGGCUUUUCGGGGUCAACAUGCCGACACUGUACGGUGAAGGCCAGCUGGCAUUCUGCCGGCUCCUUAUGGAGAUCUUGAAGACUUCGCGGGAUCCUUCCAUAUUUCUCUUGGGAGAACGGCGGUAUGCGAACAACUUGAGAGACCUCCAAUCGGCCCUCCGACAGCAUAUUCCCCGGAACCGAACCCAUCGUCAUCUUCUCCCCCUUCAGCCUCCGUCGACUUUUCAUUCGUUUGGCUUUCGUCCUGUGCACUACGACCCGGGCGCACGCGCUCAGAGAGGGGGAAAUGAGGUACGCUGGUAUGGAUGGUUCUCUAUGCUGUACUACAUUGACGACCAUUUUAGCACGGUUCGAUUGCAAGUGCGACCGUAA